GUGGGUGAUUUAGUUUGUUGUCAUAGUGCUCGAUUAUUGCCUAGAUGACUGAAUAUAUCUUAAAUGCUUUAGGAGUCCACUUUUUCUCAAGUGGGGACACCACUUCCCUCCCCCCUCCACCAGGUGGGGAACUGAAAAAGAGGAAGUGUUGUAUACGUGUGUGUUGAAGUGGGACUUCUCUGAAUGCAUGUGCUGUGCAUUUAGAGGAAGAGGAUUCAAGACGUUUGCCAGUGCUAAAUGUUUUUUCAAGGUUUUUAGAUGCUGCUAACCUUCUGCUUUUUUUCGUUUUCUGCUGUAUGUGGCUGCAGUUCACAUUUUGCCUUUUUAUGAGGAAUGAACAAAGGCGCUUCUUCUACUGUCUUCUGAACAUACGGCUAAUUCUUCUAUGGACACACACUGAGGGUCGGCAUCCAGUGCAAACAGAGUAAAGCCCAGAGCAGGAGAUGCCAGCCCCACCUCCCCCACCACCCCCAGGGCCUCCCCCUCCUCCCACCUUUGCUGCUGCCAACACAGAGAAGCCAUCUCUAAACCGUUCCGAGCAGCAGGGAAGGAAUGCUCUCUUGACCGAUAUUUGUAAAGGCUCCAGACUAAAGAAAACUGUUACAAAUGACCGCAGUACACCCGUAUUCGAGAAACCCAAAGGAGGUGGAAGUGGUGGAGGAGGAGGAGGAGGAGGUGGCGGUGGUGGUGGUGGUGGAGGUUUAGGUGGUGGAGCUCCUGGUGGUUUAGGAGGCCUGUUUGCAGGGGGGAUACCAAAACUGAGGUCUUCAGGAAACAGAGACUCCAAUGACUCAGGACCUAGUCGCGGACCCAUUCUCCCACCAGGAGGCCGUUCAAGUGGACCCACUCCUUUCGGAGGUGGUGGCAGCUCUCCUGGUCCACCUAAACUCCCAGGUGUUCCUGGUGGUCCUCGUAACAAUGCCCCCGAUCUUCCCAAGGGCCGCCCUAAUUUUUUAUCCAGACAAGACACUCCAGGAGGAGCCCCUCCCCCUGUACCAAACACACCUAGACCAAACCAGAACUUCCAGUCUCGUGGGGGUCCACCUCCACCUUCGCUCCCUGCAGCACCCAGACCUAGCCCUGCCUGUGCACCACCUCCUCCUAGUGUACCCCCAGCGAGGCACGGAUCCUUACCUCCUCCGCCAGGAAACUCCUCACCUGGGUCUCGACCAGGUUUAUCUGCACCUCUUCCUCCUCCUCCGAACAGCAGCAGACCUUCCUUACCUCCAGCUCCAGGAGGAAGACCUCCGCUUCCUGAUGAACGGCCACCGCCACCGCCGGCUCCCAUUGGAGGCCAUCGGCCAUCUAUGCCCCGCGACAUGCCCCCGCCUCCCCCCUCCUUUAACUCCAAACCAUCUCCCUCUUCCAACCGUUCCCCAGUCAGUGGGGGUGCACCACCUCUACCACCGGGACGACCAGGCCCUCCACCCAUCCCACCCACCCCAGCAGUUGGAGGGGAAGACCACAGCACGCCUCGCCUACCCCAGAGGAACAGCUCCCUCAACAGCCAUGGUCCGGCACCGCCACUUGGUCGAACAGGACCUCUCCCUCCUCCACCAAAUGAGAGGCCACCAUCUCUGGGAAAGAGCCAGUCAUCAAUACGCACAAGCCCUCUUCCUCCUCCACCUCCUUCAGGUCGCAUGGGCGGCAGUAGUAUGAAGUCUUCACCAGCUGCUUCUCCUAUUGGCCGACCAGGUCCAGAGCCACCAAGAAGUGGACCCGGAGGCCGACCUCCCCUGCCUCCAGAUAGGCCGGGGGCAGGAGGGGGCUUUCCUCCUCCUCCACCUAUGGGGAAUGGUUUCCAAAACUCUCACCACAACCAGAUACAAGACGAGUGGGAGUGUCGGUUCACUUUUCAUCCAGUGUCGGACUUUCCUCCACCUGAGCCCUACGUGCCGUUUCAGAAGACUUAUCCCAGCAUGGUUACAAAGACGGACGGCAAAGGUCCUGGUAAAAAGGAACGGGGAGCUCCUCCUCUUCCUCCUUUACCCAGGUGAAGAAAAGAUGACAGCCAUCUUGUAACUCCCUUCUGUUUCUAUGCCUGUCUUUUUUUUUCUUUCCUCUGUUGCUCAUUGUGCUUUGACCUGCAGCAUGCCGUUCAUAUGAAGACUGCAGCAUGAAAAAUGGACCUUAAAUGCAGUCGACCAAAAUGAGAUGAACAAAUUUACAAUGUUGAGUUUACAUUAAGUGCCUCUGUAGUUGAAGAAUGUCCGUGUUAAAGGCCAAAGCUUGUUAUUACUCUGGUACAGGUAUUUUUCACUUUUCUGUGCUGUUUUUAGAUGCUGUUUGGGCAGCUGUUAAAAAUUUUGCUCUGAAUCAGAUCUUUAUUUCUGUUUUCUUGAUGCAAUUAGCUUUACUUCAUUAACUUUUUGAAGUCUUAGCUUACACUGAUUAAUUGCAUAAAAAGCUUGCAAAAUAUAAUUUGAUUACCAGUAGGCUACUGGCCACAUCAUUAAAGAACAAUAUAAAACUGUUAUGUGACAAACAUUGCAAACAGCUUUUGUUUGUGACUUUUACAAACAGCACAAAUAUGAGGUGAGACUGCAGUAACUCCAUAUAUUAAAGUAAUAUUAAAAUUAUGUGUAAAGUAAUUUUAAUGGCAUAGCAGUGCAUAAGCCACUUUUUUUUCGUGUCACCCCUUGUGCCUUUUUCCAUUGUGAUUGCAACGCAAGAUGCUUAACAGUAAAUGGGAGGAAUGCAUAUUGUGUCUCAAGAUUAUAUGUUUGUGCUUCUCCUUGUUUGGGAUCACCCCUGUUUGACAUGUAAAGCUAAAGACAGUCUGGUUUAAUCAUGUAGCAGCAGUAUUUUUAACCAAACAAUAAACUGCCCCAACUUGCAGCCUUCACUGCAUGAAACAUCAGGGAAACAUGGGUGUUUAAUUAGCCAAAGCCACAUGUGCCUUCACAACCUGAAUGUAGAUUAAUCUGUGUGUUUCUGUUGGAACCACUGAUCGGUACAUUUUAAUUACACAGUAAUGUGAUAUUAAUGUUUAUGAUUCUGAUGUUUCUAAGGACGUUGUUGGGGCUUAUGACAACAUCAGUGAACAGUUGAGCUGAUUUCUGUAUUGCUGUUGAAGCUCUUUCGACUUAGAAUGAAGGGCAAGUAUGUGUAUGUGUAUGAUUUGAUCAAGUGACAAUGAUGGAUGAUAUUAUUUUAAGUUAUGUUUGUGUUAUGGUUUUGCUUUACACAGCACUGCUUUGAAUGAUCUUUUGUAUACAAGAUGUGUUAUUAUCAUGUGUAAGUGUCAAAGAAAUCUUUUCUUCAAGACAAUCAUACAGAAGUAAAACUAAUAACAUAAAAAUAAUUGCUUCAAGAUGCUUUACUGAAGAAUACUGGGAGUGAAAAUGGUCUGUUUUUAUGUCAAUAUUCCUUUAGGAUCUUCAUUUGAUCACAGACGACAGCACACUGAAUUAAAGUGUCAACAGUAAGAUGAAGCAACAGCGUUUGAUAAAGCAUAUGAAUAAUUUACAUAUUUGUGCAAUAAAAUUGGAAAUAAAU